AUGAGCAGCGAUAGUAGCCCCAAUCGCCAAACCACCGCGGUGGCUGGCGGCAGCAGUGCCAAACCGACCCCCGCUAACAAUGUCGGUGGUGGAGAAGGAUGGGGCGACAGGCUCUGGCUAGGUGGCAAAGAAGAAGGAUUGGGUCACGCAGCGGCUACUAAUCCCCGAUCAACGAUGGGUGACUUCCUCGCUUUGCAGGAUCAAAAGACACGUGGGCAGAAUAAGUUCAUUCAGCGUGAGAACUUGGUUGAUUCGAAUGUUAAACCUAUAAACGCCGAAGGAGACCCGACUUGCGCCACUGAAGAUCAUAGUUUUAUGACCCGGAAGGCCGGUGACCCAGAUACUUAUCCUGGAUGGGGUACAUUUAAGAACUUUUUCGGCAUAAUCCAAUCUGUUUUAGAGGAUAAUAUAGGUUAUCCCUCCCUGUGA